UUCUCUCGGGGCCCCCACUGAAACGUUUCACUUAAGAACAACUUUUUGAUUCAAUACCGACCCAGUCAGUUCGAGCACGUGUUGCGAUAACUUCGCUUGUUGCGCGUUCUCGCCGUCACAUUUGGGGAGAAUUUUCGUUCCGGUAUAUACAUGGGGAAGUGUUUUUAGCUCCUGCGUGUGACAUUGUAUCUGGAUUACCAUAAGUGCGCUCUGUGUGGAAAUGGUUACGCUGUUCACCACCGUUAUACUUCUGCUGGCUUCUCUUGAUAUUGCAGUAUGUCAACGGAAGGUCAGCAGAAAUGUAGCCGUCGCAAGUGAAGUCAAAACCGUUGUAAAUUUCAACUGCCCCGAAGAAUUUGGUUACUAUCCCCAUCCCAGCGACUGUACCCAGUACUACGUUUGUGUCUUCGGGGGAGCACUGCUAGAAUCAUGCACAGGAGGACUUAUGUAUAGUCACGAGCUACAAACAUGUGAUUGGCCACGGAACGUAGGAUGUGACGGUGCCGAAAUACAAGGACCGGUAUCAGUAUCAGCAACUUCGGCAAGCCCACCUAGUAGAACAAGAGAAGAACCAAGAACACGCUACACACCACCAACCCCACCGCCUCCACAGCCGGCCGCCAUUGUCACGUCUAGGGGUCAACCCAGACAACUCCACCACAACCAGCAAGAAAUAAUAAAGCAACGCCAACAGCUCUAUACGGAUGUGGAAGAAACGCUUCCACCCGCAGAAGAGAUUGAAAGUGAUCGUCAACAACGUGUAUAUCGAGGACAACCAUCUACAGUUGGUCAAGUACAAAAGGAUAGAGAUGGAAUAAGGCAUUCAAACGCAAUCCAGUCUUAUAGCGGACGAGGUGGUGACAGAAUCGGGGUGAUAUCAUUCGGUACGCAGCAACAACAAUACAGACAAACUGACGAUUUACUGACUAAUGACUUGACGAUCAAGAGGAGACGGAAAAGACAGACGCAACGAAGUCGAAUUCGUUCAGUUGAGACAACGUGGCGUGGUGGUCAACAAAACAUUAAAACGUCGCGUGUAAAUAUAGGUCCUUUUACGCUACAACCUCCUCCUGUACAUACUCCUUACUCCCCCGCGUAUGUACCUAGUCAAUUAAACGACGACGACUUCAGACCUUUCGUGCCAGAUUAUCACAAGGUACCGACACACACCAUUGCCAAAAAAGAACCCUUCACAACUAUCUUUAAAUCUUCGACUAGUAGCAACUUCUUUACUGGUGUUACCACGUUUAGACCACCCAUGCCUAAUAAACUAAAACACUCUCUGAACUACUACAAACACGAAAACAAUGUGAUGGUACCCCAACACACACACAUUAUUAAUCACAAUACUUCCGCCGUACAAAUUACUAAUCCGAACAUAAAACUAACAACGACGACUCCAGUGUACAGCGAACUGUCUAAAGAAAACGAAGAUAACUACGAAUUUAACGAAUUCUUCGGUCCUCCUUCUUCUUACUUUCAGUCGAAAAAUAAGUACGAAAAUAUCGAAAACCCGUUCGCUAGUCCCGAUUUCGACUUUGACAAGUUUUUGGCAAACUUACGCGAAGAUCCGUUUGAAGACAAACCCAAACCUACUCCGACGCCUGAAGCGAAACCUACCGUUACCAAAAAGGAAAAAGUCGUAGUGAAACCAAAGACAACAUUGCCACCGCAAAAUGUUCAAGAAAACGAAUACUAUUAUUACGAAGAAGAUGAAGACGAAGAUGAAGGUAAAUACGAGACGAGUCAAACACCGAAAAAGAUAUACUCGAGUCAGAUUAAGCCUACGGUGAAGGUGACGACGAAACCGGUCGAUGAAGAGUACUACUACGACGACGAGUACGACUAUCCGCAGAAGUCGAGUGUUAGUCCCGUGAACACGAGUAAGAACGGGGAAUUGAAAUAUUCGGCUAAGUAUCAAGGGAAACCCUCGAAAGCGUUAAAGUCUACUAGACUUCCUCAGACUACGACUGUUAGUACUACUUUCCGGCCGACUACUAAAAAAAUUUUGACGAGCGGAACGUACAUGUCUAUUUAUAGUACGGCUAGUUCUACUACACAAAGACCGAAGUACACGACGCGACAAAAAAUUAGACUGACGUUACCGACGACCCGACCUUCAAGAAACAAACACCGACAAAGACUAACUGACGAUGACGCAACUAUAAGGGUUGAGCAAAGUAGUCCGCCUCCGGUGCAGCCAGCGUCGAUUUCUACGGCUACAGCUACGGCAAGGUCUCUAUAUAACAGCAGUCAGUACAAUAACAAUUAUGAUCCUUAUUAUACUUUGUAUGACGACGAUGUCGAGUUGUAUAGAGAUGUUGAUUACUCACAACAAUACAAUAAUAAUAACAAUGCCGCCCAGAGUCAGUCACAACAACAAUCUUAUAGACGGACUCCAUCACCUGCUGUUCAGUCAACGCAAGAAGAACCUCCCAAACGAGGACAUUCCGCCUAUAUACAAAACAACUAUAGUGCACAGGAUAUAUAUCAACCGUCGACCGGUGCCGACUAUAACGAAGACAACAGUUACAACAGUCAAGUAGAUGAUCAGAAUUCGUAUAGACAAAUAAACAGACAACCCACAAGGGGAGACAGGAAUGAUUUGAAUUAUUUUGAAGAAGCGGCGACUAAAAGAACUACUACCACUACCACAACCAGAAAAACUACUACUAGAACAACAACUUCACGAACAUUUCCCCCUAAAAAGAGUACUGUCCCAAGCAGACUUCCAGUCACAGCCAAUGAGAACAAAACACAAGCACAGUCUAUCAUUAAUACAUUACGGGAAGACCCGGGACCACAUCCUUUAACUCCUCACACCAUAUAUUCCCAUAACUCUAGCCUUGGACUAGACGACACCACCACCACCUCCCGACCUGUAGUAUCUGACACGAGUCCCAAAGUUCUAUCAGAAGCAGUUGUUCACAGCCCAGCUCCAUUUACUCUACCAGAGCAUCUAACAACUGAAAAACCCAUUGUCUUUCAUUACAUUACUAAAUCAUCCAGGUCAACUACUCUAGUCUCUACGGAAUCGCCCAUUAAAACAUCAACCAUCGAAAAUUCUUACACAAAUAGUAGAAACGUUGUACCCACAACCUACUCACCCCCCAAAUUUUUCCUAAAGUCUCUCUUACCAAAAUCUGUUGUUUAUAGCACGACUGUCCCUAACCCACCCGACACUAGAUCUGAAAAAUCACAAAAGUCUCUAAAAUCCGUAAGAAAACUAAUCAGUCCUAUCAACGUUAACUACGGACUAUCCAGUGUAACCGAGUCUAGUUUCGAGUCAGCCGAAAAGUUAGUCCCUGAAGUCGAAAACGUCCGAAACAUUUUGCCUUACCGCCGCUCACAGACUGUGGAAACAAGACUAACAGCUGACUAUGCUGACGAAUCCACUACUAAAAUCGCUAAACCUUCUACGUCUGUCGAGAACCUGGCAGCAUCUUCCAUACCAAUAACUCAAAUUGUUCCUGGAUUGAAAAAGACCAUUGACGAUUAUUACGUCGACGACGACUUUGGUUCUCGUGAAACAAAAUUGAGACACUACAUUGAGCCGCUUACGAACGAUCGCAACGGAACUAAGCGUUUUAGAACAACUAUAGAAAUUCCCCCACCGUAUGAUUUAAUUGAAGAAAGCAGUCCAUCUAAACCGGAACCCGAUCUAUCUCCUGAUUAUAAAUUGCAACCUUUUCCUAAACCCGUAACGACGACAACUACGACAAAAACGACAACGACUAAGACGGUUGACUCUUCCUAUAAUACCUCAAUCCCCGCCCGAGUUUCCCGGGUUAAUACUGCAAUUAAAUCACAAAUUGCAUUCGGGGGAACGCGAAGGCAAAACGUAAAAUGUCAUGAAAGUGCCGAUUCAAAAUGCAACGACCCAAAACAUCAGAGAACCAGUACUAGAGGCCGGGGAUCCACUCACUACUCCAAUGGAGCCAACAUUGUCAACAACGAAGUCACAGUAACCGUGAAUCGUGGAACACCAGCAUCGAGACCUCGCCCCACCCUGAAGCCAUCCACGUCAAUUGUGUCUAAGGCAUCUGAGUUCAUUGACAUCUACAGAUACCCUCCCUUGAGACCCGACCCCAUAUAUCCUCAGCCUCAACCCGACAAGACCGCGGCUAAAUGUCGUAAGGACGUGUGUCUGCUUCCCGACUGCUACUGCGGGGGAAAGGAGAUUCCUGGAAAUCUACCAAUCGAGGAGGUUCCGCAGCUCGUGCUCCUUACAUUUGACGAUGCUGUAAAUGACUUAAAUAAACAAUAUUACAUAGAGUUGUUCGAGAGUGGUCGUCGGAAUCCAAAUGGUUGUCCUAUAACAGCCACCUUUUAUGUAUCUCAUGAAUGGACUGAUUACAGCCAAGUUCAAAAUCUUUAUGCCGACGGCCAUGAAAUGGCGUCCCACACAGUGUCGCACAGCUUCGGCGAGCAAUUCUCUCAGAAAAAAUGGACCCGCGAAGUCGCCGGCCAAAGAGAAAUUCUAUCCGCGUACGGAGGCGUCCAUCUUGAGGACGUUCGAGGAAUGAGAGCACCAUUCUUAUCGGUCGGUGGCAACAAAAUGUUCAAGAUGCUUUACGACUCCAACUUCACCUACGACUCAUCCAUGCCCAUCUACGAAAACAAACCACCCAGCUGGCCCUACACCCUCGACUACAAGCUUUUCCACGAUUGUAUGAUUCCACCUUGUCCGACACGCUCAUACCCGGGCGUUUGGGAAGUACCCAUGGUAAUGUGGCAGGACUUGAACGGAGGUAGAUGUUCUAUGGGAGACGCUUGCAGUAACCCUCCCGAUUCCGAAGGCGUUUUCAAAAUGUUAACUAAAAACUUCCAAAGACACUACACCACUAACAGAGCGCCCUUCGGUCUGUUUUACCACGCUGCUUGGUUUACGCAACCACACCACAAGGAAGGGUUCAUUAACUUCUUGGAUAGCAUCCUUCAAAUGAAAGAUGUGUGGUUGGUAACGAACUGGCAGGCGAUUCAGUGGAUUCGGGACCCUACACCAAAUUCGCGACUGGGAUCUUUCCAACCCUUCCAGUGUGAAUAUUCGGGUCGGCCAAAACGCUGCAAUAACCCGAAGGUGUGCAACUUGUGGCAUAAAUCUGGAGUGAGGUACAUGAGGACAUGCCAACCUUGUCCGGAUAUCUACCCAUGGACUGGAAACAGCGGAAUUCGUAGCAGUCGCAUCGACAACGACAUUGAAGACUAAGUUAUUGAAAGCCAAAUGAGGACACGACAUAACUAAGUUAUUUUAUUAAGCAACGGCAACAUUAUUUUAAAUGUUGUUAUACUAUAAAUUUACAUUGCGGUUUUAAACUAAGUAAUUGAGAAAUGUGCAAAUUGUCUAAUUUCGUUACUUGGUUCCAACUUAUGACUUGCUACUAAGGCAUUGACUUGAGUGAGCUAAUAGUACACUAGUCUUAGUAAAGUGCCAAAUCUCGGCUAUUUUGUUCCCUAUUUGAUUUUAAUUGGAUAAGAAAAUAAGAAUUUGCUUUGAAAUUUCUCUUUUACUUGGUGUGUUGCAAACUUUGCACAUGUUCGAGUGUUGUAGAGGUGUCAAGUUUCAUCGCGUUAAGAGAGGUGAUGAACUUCAUCCCUCGUCAACAUUGUACCUAAUAGUAAAUUGUAAAUACUGUAGUGGUUUAAAAAUUAUUUAAAAAUUUACUACAAUACUGCCAAUCGAAGUAUACUCCUAAAAUACUCCCUUACCUUAGGUAGCGCCGAAGUAAAUUUCCUCUUCAAUAUUUUAAUAUUAUCUAAUAUUAUACACCUAAAGUACUUAAUUUAUUGCAUAGUAUCUAAAUAAUAUGAAAGAAUUAGGAUUUUUAAAUGUGAACCAGUGAGUGAUAAUAAAGUAUUUUGUUUAAAAUUA